GUGUGUGUUUGAGGUCGUGUUAGGGCCACCCCCAAAAUAAUGAUCGCUGACCGAUCACACCACCUCGGCGUCCCCCAUAAACAAUCGCCUGUCCUUCAUAAGGAGGAGAGCGUGUUUGUUGUGAGCCAGUUAGGACCGACCGUCAGCCGGACUGUUACACUUACAGAGCACCUCUGCAGUGGUGGGGAAUUCUUCACAAGAAACUUAGUCGCAGCAACGAGACCAUGAAGUUCAGGCUCGUAUGGGUGAUACUUCUGCUGGUGCUGGUGGCGGCGUGCCACGCCGAGCACCCCGGGCACGACAGCGGCGAGCACGACGACGACGGGCACAGCCAGCACAGCUCACAGGAGCACGACCAGCACAGCUCACAUGAGCAUGAAGAACAUGGUCACCAUGCUCACGGGCACGCUCACGGCCCGGAUCACGAACACGGUGAGAGCCAUGAAGGGCACGAUCACGGAAAGGGCCACGAGCACGGUGAGAGUCAUGAAGACCAUGAUCAUGGCCCAGGUCACCAGCAUGGUGACAGCCACGAGGUCCACCACGACUCCCAUGCAAAGGAGCUGAAAGAGUACUGCCAUGGAGAGUGUCCUGAGUUCGAGACGCUGUGCCACACCGAUGAGUACGACGUGCGGCGGUACAAAAGCGCCCUCUGGAUCUCCACCACGGUAUCGGACCCGUCCCUGUACCAGGGCCACGUGCGCGGCUGGAACCGCCUGCACAAGUACAUCAGGGGAGGCAACAAGGAAGGAGUGAAGAUGCCGUACACCGCACCCCUGGUGACGCAGACCCGGGAACCCCAGGAGAGCCCCUUCCACGAGAUCACGGUGUCCAUGCCGCUCCCCAAGGCCAUGGCUCACAACCCUCCCACACCGAACGACCCUCAUGUUGUGAUCGAUCUCGUUCCCGAGUCUGUGAUGUACGUGAAGAAGUUCCGUGGCCGUGCGGCGCGUGUCGGGUUUGUGGCAGAGCGGGAGGCCAAGAAGUUCUUCACCGCCCUGAAGCACCACCACGAGCCCUUCCACGGCACACAUGACUACUUCUACAUCGCUCAAUAUGACAGUCGGACUGGAUCCUCUGACCCAAAAACGUACAACGAGAUCUGGGUUUUCGCCAUCAACGAGAGGACGUUCAAGUGGCUGGAGUUUAACGACCUGGUCGGGCACGGAGAGGGGAUCCCGCACUGCCUGCAUCACGACGACAGGAUAGGCUCCUGGCACAAGAUGGAGCAGAAGGACAUCCCUGUAGAGGCCCUGGCCAGGAGGCAGUGUUCCGAGACCUUCUGUGAAGCACCGAAGAAGUGCCCCAAGUAUACGGCAAAGGAAGUGAAAGAGGUGGACGAUCACACCAUCAAACUGAGAGAGGAGAAGGACCUGAAGGCCGUCGGUGUCGUCCCUCUCACCUGUAACUUCGACACGGCCAUGCAUUCCACUACAGGACCCCUCAUGGAGUACUUGAACGAAACAGGCGUUCCUCUGUCGGACGUCGCCAUGACCAUGACCGCUGUUGUAGAGAAGAGAGAGAACGAGGACGGGAAGGAAGGCUGUGGGAAGUUCUACAAGGUCUACUUUGGCAUGGGCGGCGGAAGCGGCAAGCCAGAAGAUGACUACACCCUGUCUUUGAACGAAGAUCUCUUCCACGCACCGAAAACCAUCAAGGUGUUGCACGACGGGCAGGCUGCAGGAGGGACUCAGUUCUACACCAAGUGUUUCGGUGGAAACGCCUACUACGAGCCAGAGACCGUCACUGCUGUGUCGAAGAUGACCAUGCACAAGCUGAGGGACGUGAAGAAGUGCAUACUGCAGGACCACUUCACUGUCAUCGAGUACCACUCUCAGUCCAGGCUGUUCGACAGGUUUAACGAGAUCAACAUCGAUGCCGACCUGGACUGUAGUGACCAGGAAGGCCGUCCGGAGUUCACCUUCCACCUCCCGCUGAGUAAGAACUACAACCGGCACGAGCCGAAGCCUGUGUUCGGGGACCGCUGUACCACGUACGAGUGUCCCAACAUGUCCGUCGCCAUGAGGUUUGAGAACAACCUUAGGCUCAUGAAACACCCAGUUGCAAAAUGGCUGUGUGCAAACAGCACGUCGCUGUCCUGUUCUUACGAGCAGGCCUGGGAGAAGGCACUCCAGCCCAUCCUGUCAUACAUCAACGGCAAGAACGAGGACAACGUCAGGAUGCAGAUCACCAAACCCCUGUAUGGACAGGGACAUACCGGAGAGAAGGGUAACGAGUGCGUGAAGUCGUUCACGUUGUGUAUGUACAUCCCACAUGAAUAUACGGAGAACCCACCAAAGCCCAUCGAUGACCAUAUUGGCAUCCGGUCAGGAGACAAGGAAAGUUACUGGUUCCAGUCCGUGUUCGUGGGAAAGCCGACCCCGGAGAUACUCUACAAGUCCCUGACGGACAUGACUGAACAGCUGGACGCUCUCAAGCCGUUUGGAGUCGAUUAUUCCAUAGACGGACAGGAGCUCUGGUUUGGUGGGUAUGACGACCCUGGUGAUGAGAACGGCCUGCACGAGAUCAUCGUUGUAGACCAACAGCACAUCUACUGGAAGCCCGAGGAACAUGAGGGAGAGGAAGGGGAAGAGAAGAAGGAGGAGGCUGAUGCGCACGACCACGACUGGGUCGACCUUCCCAAGCCGAAGGGCUGCAGUGACAAGACUUGUCUAGAGAUCCACGUCACCAAAGAGCACGACGAUUUCAUGGAGAUCCACUUCCCGAAGACCAAGGGCGUGUGUCAGUGGCAGCAGGGCUGUUUGCAUGGGAUGUCGGGACGGUCUGUCCUCCUGCCGCUCUUCAAGUACUUCAACGGAGAUAACGCCGAGAAGGAGGUCAUCGGAGACAUGACGUCACCAAUCGUGCUUCAGGUUAAGACUUACAGUGAUGAGGAGGAGUCGAAGGGCAUCGAUGCGUGUGACCGGGAGUACCAGGCCUGUGCCAGGCUGCCUGACGCCUGGAUUGACCAGGGCAAGGACAUACCAAAACCGAAUGGAGAAGGGAUGUCAACAUUUGACAAUGAGGGUGCGGAUGCCUAUGCCAUCUCGGUGAAGGACGUUACGCUACAGAGCGCUUUGGCAGAACGUACAGAGGAACUCAGACAAAAACUGGAGGAGCAGGAACUCGAGUUUGAUAAGGACUGGGUGCUGAUCUUCCAAUAUGACGCCCCUUUCACUCCGCCCGAAGAUAAGGUCACCUACGUGGCUUUCCUCAAGCCUUCUGAAGCAAAGGAAGGAGACGAGGAGGCACCAACCGACGGAGAGUGAGGAGAGCAGAAGGAGAAGGAGGAGGGUGAAAGAAGAAGAAUCUAAGGAGGGGGGAGGAGAAUCCGAAGAUGAGACACCAGACGAAGCUGAGAAGGCGGAGGGAGAAGAUGAGACAAGAAUGCCGUGCAAUCACAAAAUGUAGAAACAUCAGUUCUCUCCUGCGUUGUAGCUUUAUCAGGAGUCUAUUGAUCAAGAGUCAAGUUACUUGAAUGCUAUAGUUUAUAAGAAAGUUUUGUCAGCAUAGCUAGCUGUUGCAUAAUGUUGUUGAAAUGAGUAGCAAAAGUCAUCGUAGAUCGUUGACAUUUUCCCAGUUUGGUGGAUUUACUGGUAGCUGCGUUCGUACUAGUCGUUCUAUAUCUUUGCAUUUGUCUAUUAACACUUUACCUGGUGUUUCAAUUUUUUUAAUGAUACAUAAAGAAUUCAUUGUUAUGAAAUGCGUAACUGUAAAGAUGAUGAGACUAACUCAUGUAUUUUUGUUUCUAAUAAUUAAAUGGACGAAACGUCUACUGCGGAUAUGGCUGUGCAUACUGAAAUUGUACUGAUUCGUAUCCUUCAACCUUGCACAUGGCAUGAAAUAAAAGUCGACAUUU